AAGAUUCUUCUUCAGCAAUCUUCUUCAUAGAAGAAAGACAGUGAGAAGAAACCCAUAGAGGAAUCAUCGUGCCUACCACACUCACUCUUCUUCGAAAUCAUCUUCUUCCUCCCCAACGCGGCGGCCAUUCUCAGUUUCUGUUCCUACAAACGAGAUUUCGCAAUUGAAACUCCGAUGACGACGACCGCGGAAACUGGACAAUCCUCUGGUUCGAAAUCUUCUGAUGAUGAGGCAUGGGCUAAACUGGUUCCUCUCGACACUAGAUUCGCAGACAUUGAGAUUAGGUGCAAUGAUAUGGUAAUAUGCUCUGAGAUUAAAUCGUCUUCUUUAGAAAGACAUGAAUGGUGCAGAAUAACAAAGAAUUUGGGUCAAGGUUCUGCCACUAUACAUAAUCAGAGUUCGGACUCUAUACUUGUUGACGAGGCUGUUAUCGCGAAAGGUGGUGCUGCCGAUAUCAGGUGUGGAUCUGAAAUUGUUCCUGGCCCUGGAGAACAAGGGUACUUGCAGUACAGAUUUACAAUAAUGCCUACUCCAGAAUCCAGAACCCAGCUGUUAAAGAUUUCCAUAGAUCCUGAACAUGCAAAAUGCAGUAUCUGCUUAAACAUAUGGCAUGAUGUUGUCACAGCUGCACCUUGCCUUCAUAAUUUCUGUAAUGGCUGUUUUUCAGAAUGGAUGCGGAGAUCGAAGGCAAAGCAUCAACAUGUGUUAUGUCCACAAUGCAGAACAACAGUACAAUAUGUGGGGAAAAAUCAUUUUCUCAAAAACAUACAAGAGGAUAUAUUAAAUGCGGAUGCUGCACUGAGGCGGCCAGCUGAAGAUAUUGCAGUAUUGGACUCAUCUGCAUCGAUACAAUCAAAUCUUAUAAUUGGGAGCAAGAGAAAACGUCGUUCGAAUAUGCCCUCACCCCCAGUUGAAGAAAGAGAUAGCUUGCGUUUGCAAUGCCCACAAUGUGUUGCUAAUAUUGGUGGUUAUCGGUGUGAAAACCAUGGUGCACAUCUGCAAUGCCACCUGUGUCAAGGAAUGAUGCCCUUCAGAGCCAAUCUCCAAGUGCCAUUACACUGCAAGGGAUGCGAUAGGCCGUUUUGUGGUGCUUACUGGAGUUCCGAAAAUGUUACACAAGGUGUAUCUAAUCCAGUCUGCAGUGGCGAAACUUUCAGACCUAUCUCGGAACGCACGGUCACAAGGAUUCCAUUCAUAACCCAUGAAAUGAAUCGCCAUGAACAAGAUAUAACCCAAAGAUGCAUUGUCCAGAUGGGAAAAACUGUGCCGGAUGUUGUAGCAGAGUGGUUAACGCGCUUCAGCAAUAGAGAAAUCGACCGCUCGAGAAUGCCUCUCAAUCACGCUGAAAUGAUUACUGCAUCAACACAUGUUUGCAAUGACUGUUAUGAUAAGCUGGUGGGAUUCCUCUUAUACUGGUUCCGGAUAACACUACCGAGAAAUCAUUUGCCCGAGGAUGUAGCAGCGAGGGAAGAUUGUUGGUAUGGAUACGCAUGUAGGACACAACACCACAACGAAGAUCAUGCUCGUAAACGUAACCAUGUUUGUCGUCCUACCAGAGGGAACCAUCACUUUUAGUUUCAUCUUUCAUCUUCUUCUGUCAACAGCUUUUUGGUUAUAUUUGGGGAUUAGUUACACUAAGAUCUACUUAUUGACUUAUGGAAGUUGAACUUAAUGAAUCAACUGAUGUUUUCUUAGGAGGAUAAACAAUGCUUAAACACAAUUUGAAAUGCUAAAA